AACUGGUAAUCUCCUCGCGCGCUCUCUUCAAUAGCUCUGGCUGUCCAUCAAAAUAAAACUUUUGCUAACUGAGCGCUAGUAGUAGUGUUGUGUUUGUAACAGACUGACAGACUCUCUCUGUAUAGUAGUGUAUACAUACUGUACAUACAGUUUUUGAUAGACAACAACACUGUGUGUGUAUGUAUGACUGAUUUGCCAUUGAUUUGCAAUACUAGUGCUUAAAACACUGUUUGAUAAGCACUGAGAGGACUGUUGUGUUUGUGUUUGUUGUGUAUAAUAUAUCUAUCAGUCGAGUCAGUCAUUCAUUCAUUCAUUCAUUCAAUUCAUUUAAGUUAUAUCACUCUCACUCUCAUUGAUUUACAAUAGAAUGAUAUGUCUCUCAAUUGUCUAACAAUUAUUAUUAGUAGUAAUAGUAAUACUAAUAAUAAUAAUAAUAAUAAUAUUUGUUUGUUAUUGUCAUUACAACAACAAUGAUAACAACGACAACAAUAACAACAUCAACAUCAACGACAACAACGCGAUGACUGCUAUUAUCAAUAUUGCUGUCACACACUGUCACAUGUGUACCACCACUGUUGUUGUCGUUGCUGACAAUUGAAGACAUCAAACAAAAUUAAAUGAUAGACCAAUCAGUCAAAAAUUAAUGGAUAAUUAGUGUCAACAAUAAAAAUAAAAUAAUUUUUAUUUUCAAUUUGUAAACAAACCGCCAAAUUGUUUGUGUGUUUUUUUGAUUAGUGGUGACAUAUGCCGUGUCUUAUUAUUCCUCAUCAGCUAAGACAGCAGCCAUCAAUCAGUUGACACAUCAAUAAUAUAUAUAUAUAUACAUUGUUUGUCAUCAUCAUCAACCCAUCACCGACACUAACCACUUAAAAGUAGACAACUGUCUAAUUAUUAUUAUUGUUGUUGAUGUGUGCGGUGUGUCUAAUCUGAUCCCAAUCACCAUCUGAUCUGUCAAUUAAUUAAAAUUGAUUUUUUAAAAUUAUCACUAAAUCUAAUUUGUUUAACCAAUUGGAUGCGAGAGAGAGAGAGAGAGAGAGAGACAUACUCGCGAAGAUACAUCACUACCAUCACUUGUGACACACAUAUAGUAAACAAUACGAGAGAGAGUCGUGCGAUUUGUGACAACAAAUAAAAAAAACAAAGACAACAAUAUUGUCAUUAAAUAAUAAUAAUAAUAAACAAAACAACAAAAAAAAACAAGACUUUCUUGUUUUUGUUGCAAAUAAGACACACAAUAACCGCAACGGUUUAAUCAACCGAAACUAAAUCACAAAAAAUAGAAAACACGUGCAGUUUCGGUGUGUGUUAUAUAUAUAUAUAUACCGCUCUCGCGCGCACCCGAUUCACGCGACCCGUGGAACUGGUCGGGAACUGGUGGUGGCCAACAUUUUUUUUUAGUGAAGGAUUAAUUAACACUCAAUAAACAAAAAAUAGUGAAAAACUUUUUAUUUUAAGAUAAUAAUAAUUGAUUGGCCAAUAAUCGGCAAUUGAAUCAAUCAAAUCAAAGCGGACACCCAAUUGAUUGUUGAAAUUGUGUCCAUAUUUGACUCAUCGGCACCGGGAGACUAUAUUACCGCCGCCGCCGCAAACUUUAUUAUUAGUGUUUUUUAAAUAAAUUUUUUUUUAAAAAUUAAUAAAAUAAUUGUGUGUUUUUCAUCAUAUUAUGGACAAUAGCCGACACUCUCAUUCGCUAUCCAUAAUGCAUGCCGUCUCACAACAAAUGUCUGCCCACGUAGUACCGCAGCCGCCGCACGGCUACGGCGGACUAAGCGACCUAUCGACGGCUGGCCAGACAGGAGGCAACGGUGACGGCGGAGUCGGCGGCGCCGAUCAACGUAAACACGAUAUAUCGGAAAUAUUGCAACAAAUUAUGAACAUAACUGACCAAAGUCUCGAUGAGGCUCAGGCCAGGUCUGUAUUGUCAUCAAAUAACAGGAAGCAUACAUUGAACUGUCAUCGCAUGAAACCGGCCCUAUUCAGCGUACUGUGCGAGAUCAAGGAGAAGACAGUAUUGAGCUUAAGAAACACUCAGGAAGAGGAACCGCCGGAUCCACAACUGAUGCGUUUAGACAACAUGUUGAUCGCCGAAGGAGUGGCCGGACCCGAAAAAGGUGGCGGCAAUUCGGCCGCUGCUACGGCAGCCGCUGCCGCCGCCGCUGGCCAGUCGGGCGGCGAAAAUGCUAUCGAGCACUCGGACUAUAGGGCCAAACUCGCACAAAUCAGAACCAUUUAUCACCAGGAGCUUGAAAAAUAUGAACAGGCCUGCAAUGAGUUUACAACACAUGUAAUGAAUCUGUUACGAGAACAGAGUCGGACGCGUCCGAUAACACCCAAAGAAAUUGAACGGAUGGUCCAAAUCAUACAUAAAAAGUUUAAUUCAAUUCAAGUACAGCUCAAACAAAGCACCUGUGAAGCUGUUAUGAUCCUCAGGUCCAGGUUUUUGGAUGCCAGGAGAAAACGGCGAAACUUUAGCAAACAGGCGACAGAAAUAUUAAAUGAAUAUUUUUAUUCACAUUUGAGUAAUCCGUAUCCGAGUGAAGAAGCCAAGGAAGAGUUAGCCCGAAAGUGUAGUAUUACUGUAUCUCAAGUAUCCAAUUGGUUUGGAAACAAGAGAAUUAGGUAUAAGAAAAACAUCGGCAAAGCUCAAGAAGAAGCCAAUCUAUACGCCGCCAAAAAAGCUGCUGGUUCGUCCCCAUACGGUUUAACGCCAUCAUCACAGGGCUCAGGGAAUAUAAUGAGUCCGCCGCCACCACCCGGUAGCUCACAGGAUGGAUGGUCUAUGAAUGGUGAUUAUGGAAGUCAGGCCCAUAGGCACGGAGGCUAUUCCUCAGAUGGCAGUUCAGGAGGCAUGUAUGAGACCGGUAUGCAUCAGGUCUCACCUCUUUGAGAGACAAACAAAACAAAACAAAACAAACAAAAAGUGUUAUACACUCCUGACAUCACAUUUUUUAAUUUAAAAAAAAAUGUU